AAAAGCAUUCCCAGGCAGCUCUCACUGUCAACAACAUCCCAUCCUGGAGGGACUAUCACCACAGCUGAGAGGGGGAAUCAGCGUGAGCCGGGGCAUCAUUUAAACCUCCUGCAAAGGCACAAACGCCAGAAGAGAAAACUGAAGAUGGGACAUUUCAAGAUGGUCACCGCGCUGCUGGCUGCUGUGACCCUAGUGGACCUCUUCCAGGUGAAGGCGGAAGUGUUAGACAUGGCGGAGAAUUCGUUUGACGAUGAAUACCAGAAGUGCAGCAACAGGAUGGAGGGGAAGUACGUCCCACAGCUGUUCAGGGAAGAAAAGGCCAGCUCUGACCUCCUGGAGACUGUGUGGGACAAUGCAGAGAUCCUGUGGGAAGCCCGGAAGGCUAAGAUCUCUCCCCCAAUGAACUUCAAGGAUCCCUAUGGAAUAACCCUGUUGGCGUUUGUGACCGAGGCCCGGGAGCAGACUCCCUUUUACCACGAUUUCACCAGAGCUGUGAAGAUGGCCGGCCAGUCCCGAAAAGAUUACAUCUACAACUUUCCGUUCAAAGCUUUUCAUUUUUACCUGGUGAGAGCCCUGCAGCUGCUGAGAAGACCUUGUGAAGACAGUUAUAAGGACGUGGUGUACCUCACAAGUCAGGACAUUUCCUUCACCUUCGGAGGGCCAAACCAAGCCAGGCUGGGCAACUUCACGCUGGCAUAUCCAGCCAAACCCCCGACAGCGAACCAACAGCCAGUGCUAACCAUCCACACCUGCUUUGGGGUUUCCGUGGAAAGGUUUUUGGAUAAAGCAAAUGAGAGAGUUGUUUUAAUACCUCUGAGUGAGGUUUUUCACGUGUCCCGGGCAGGAACUGGCAAUGACCUUAUUCUUGAGAGCAUAAACAAGACCUGCAGCUACUACGAGUGUGCCUUCCUCGGAGGUCUAAAAACUGAAAAUUGCAUCGCAAACCCAGAAUAUAUGGAACCUGUGUAUGUCUACAACCCUGAUCUGGAAAGUCAGAAGCUUGAAGACUCUGGAAUCAAACCCUGGGCCCCCUGCAAGCUAGGUAGGAAAAGCUUCGGAUCGACUGGCAUACCAGAAAUUAAAGUGCUACAACCAGAUGAAAACCUUCUCCGGCCAGAUGAAAAGCCUGAAGGCAAAAGUCAAAGAAAUGCGGACAACCCCACUCCAGGUCCACGUCCAGUUCCACGUCCCAAGACCCAUCCUUCUGCAUCCUUCGGCAGAAGACUCCUCCCACCAGUCACAGCAUCCAUUGUUUUAGCGGUCGCUUCUGCUGUAAACAUCCUCACUGUUCUAGAGCUUGAGACGGGAUCUUAACCUUUAUUGGAAAGGCGCUGAGGGGAUCCCACAGAAGGUCACGAGAAGAGAUGUGACAGACUCACUGCAUAAAAUAAGAACUGUGUAUCUCUUCCCUGUUUUACAGUUUCAAAAGCUGGUCCAAAUAGUGUCAUAGGAUUCACUUUUCAUUUCUGAUUAAUUUUAGGAUUGCAAAAAUCCCAAAGCUGUAUACUUUUGACUGGAUUCAAUAAAACUUUUAAGUUUA